AUGUGUGUAUGGCUCCCUCUGCUGGCUGUUUUGGUGCAGCUUGCCAGCGCUACAUACAACUGCUCUACUGAAUAUAACAGGACUCCAGAUAAUUCAGACUUGACAGUAGACUGCGGAACCAUAAUCAUCACUCUGGAGAUUAACCUGUGCACAGCGCAGUGGGCAGGCUUCAACACCACAGACCUGGCCUUAAAUGGAAACCACAAUAAGCAGGAGUGUCUGGGCACGACUGAUACCAGUGUGAGCCCUCCAGUGAUGCGCUACCAUCUGCCCAUCAACCACAGCCUGGACAACCCCUGCCGCCAGUCUCUGCAGAUUGUGGAUGAGGCUCCAGACCCCUCAGGGCCCUUCAGCUCCUACUCCAGUGUACAGUCAGUUAUCAUCACCAGCUACAUAGAAACCCCCCGUACAGGCCAAGGCACGAUCAGCUACUCCACAGACCUGUACUACCACUUCUCCUGCCGCUACCCUCUGGAAUACCUCAUCAACAACAUGCAAAUCACAGCCUCGUCUGUCUCUGUGGCCACAAAAGACAACAAUGGAACUUUUGUCAACACACUAAGGAUGACUGUACACAAUGACUCUUCCUACCAAUAUCCUCUGAUAGUGCCACCUACAGGACUGCAGUUGCGAGACAGAGUCUAUGUAGAAGUCAAAGCAGUAAAUCUGACUGGAAAUUUUAAUGUCCUUCUAGAUCACUGCUUCGCCACUCCGACGGCAUACAAUUUGACGCACAGUGAACAGCACAACUUUUUUAUUGGCUGCUCAAAUGAUGACAAAGCAACCAUUACUAUCAAUGGAAUGUCUAAAGUGGCCCGAUUUGACUUUGAGGCGUUCCGUUUUCUUCAGCACCGAGCUCAGUCGCAGUCCAGCAUUUACCUGCACUGUAUACUCAGACUGUGUGAACCCAAUAAGUGCCAGGACAUCCUUGUUGGAUGCAACCGUAAGAGGAAAAGAUCAGCGACUCCCUUCGGACAAGAGAGCAGAGAUUCAGCCACCGUUUCUGCUGGACCUAUCUAUACAGCUACAGAGGAACAACCAAAGGCACAAACCAGUCCUGCAGGCCAAAGUGGUCUGAAUGAGACUGGGCUGAUUGUGGGCGUGGUGUUGGGGUCUGCUGUGGCUCUGCUGCUGGUGCUAUCUGGGUGGUUUGCUCUCAAAAGGUUUCGCUGGAGCUCCUUUGAGUGA